CCUGCAGGGGGCUGCCGAGGGGCGACCUCUUUGCCGGCGCUGCCGCUUCUCGACCCCCGCGCGCUGCGUGGCUCGGGCUGCGGCGAUGCGCAUCUGCAGCGGGAGUCGUGCGGAAGGGAAGGGGCGCCUCCGGCCGGGCCGCCCUCCCUCUGGGGUUCUGCAGCCGCCUCGGGAAUCUAGCCGGUUCUCGCAUCAGCAGUGUCGGAAGGCAGCGCUCCAGGCAGAGAAGGGGCAGUUCCCAACGCCUCCCGCCUGGGGCCCUUUUUAACCGGAGAUGUUCUCUGCAUGUCCUUCCAUAACAUCUAGCCGCUGUUCUGAGGCUCAUGCAGUCACGCUAGGCGGUUGGGACGUGCCUAAACCUUUGCAGCUGCGAGAACUAGAGGCUUGCAGCUUCUUUAAAGAUGCUGAGGUCCUCGGGAUGGAGAACAUCGGACUCCUUAGUUGGAUCCUCUUCGCUAACUACUCUUGACUUCAUUCCAUGGACUUGCAACGUGUUUCUCCCUCUCGAGAGCGAGGCUGGUAUCUGGAGCUGAUGGCGCCCAACGUCAAGGGGCCUGGUUAUGCCUGGCUGGACCCUUCUCGCCUCUACUGCCAUCCUCAAGCCUUUCAAAACUGCAUGGAGGACUUGGUGCAACCAUUUCAGAACGAAGCAAUUGACCUGGUGGCUGGGAUUGAUGCCAUGGGCUUUAUUCUAGGCUCUGCCAUUGCCGGAUUCCUCAAGAAGGGUUUCGUGGCCAUCCGCAAAGCCGGGCACCUGUGCGUGAGGACCCUUUCUCAGCCUUACAGGGAUUAUUCAGCCCGUGACAAACUGAUGGAGAUGCGGACAGAUGCCAUCGUACCAGGCCUUCGAGUCUUGCUGGUGGACCAGUGGGUGGAGACAGGGGGAACCAUGCAAGCUGCCAUCCGGCUGGUGGAAGAACAAGGCGGUGCGGUGGCAGGAGUGGCUGCCAUCUGCAUCGAAGACAGCGAGGGAGGGCGGUGGCUCAAGAGGCACUACAAGUGGGCCCACUGCGUCCCGCCCCACCUGAUGCCCCAGUUCAACGCUCACCACCUGGAUUCUUUCAAAGCCUUUGAAAUCCAGCAAAGCCAGCAAUAGCGGCAAUGGGCACGUGCCCAUAACCCAAGGCUUUGCCAGUGAACUGGCUUGACGCAGCAGCAACUGACCCAACCAUCCUGGCCUCAUGGCAGUGAAUAAUCCGCACCAUGAAAACUGCAAACUAAACUUCCAUUCCCGAACAUUUAGUGCCGCAUCCUGUCUUCUCCUGGCCAGAUAGCCUGGAAGGACUACAAGCAGGGGCACAGUGGCCAAUGGAUCCCCACUCCACCCUCCUCCCAGCCACUAACACUCAGAGCUAGACUGCUUUUGGAGGUCACCUUUAGCUAACAGCCAUUGGUAGAUCGCUCCUGUGCCUAAUCCCCCUUUACAACCAUCUAAGUUAGUAGAUGGAAGUGAGUUAGAGGGUUGGCUAUUGACUAAAUUUUCUGCAAACGGAAGGGGUGGUGUCAUUUCUGCCAAUUCCCUCUUCCUGCUGCACACACACUAUUUGCCUGUCAUGCCAUUCCUGAGGUUUCUCUAUCCCCCAGGAACAGCAUUUCAGGAAUAUCAACGGGCUGCUGCAGGGAGGGGGGAAGACAGGAAAGCGGUGUGUCUACCGAUAGAAGGGUCUUCCAUUAGAAGAAGACUUUAAGCAGGACCUAACCCUCCCUUGCAUGUACUUUCCUGAUUCCGCUGUACAUCAACUUCAUUGGGCGGCCCUGAGUUCAAGGAUUUUGUGACAGUGAGAAAAAAAACCCUCUUUAUCUACUGUCUCUGCCUCCUGCAUAUCUCGUCCCUUUACCAAUUCCUUUGCGACUGAUAGCAUGUUCCAUAGUGCAGCUUUUCCUGCUCCCAGAAAGACGCAGCUAUAACGUUGUUUAACUAACCAGCUCUGGCAGAAGUCAAUAAACCACAGUGAAUCUUU